UGCACGAAUCUAUGGGGAUCAGUCGUUGGGUGAUUGACGUGGGGUCACUAACCUGAACCAUGGAGAGUGGAAUCCUGUGCAUGCCAUGUUCUCCUCCUGGGGGGGUGGAGAAUAAAUUUCAGCCGUUACAAUUUUUGAAGCAUCACACACUUUCUCUUUCAACCUCUCGCCCUGUGAUGCUAAUUAAGCUAAUUAAGCUCAUUAAGCUGAUGCCAGUUAAUUCAUGAAGAAGUAAUUUGUUACGUUGUCUGUAAUAUUGUGACGGCAGCGUUUGUCAACCUUCACCUCCCACCACCCCCUAGCCACAGAGUUAAAGGGGUGGGGGGGCUAUAUUUUGGGGCCCCUGAAAGAACAAGGUGGAGGUGUGGGAGGGGGGUGAGGGGAAGCACCCAGAUGAGUUUGAGGAGAUGGGUGUAUAGUCCCCCUCUGCCCUGUCCCCCUACCCUCCACCUCACCCCCCCUACUGUCUUCCUUAAUGUUCCAGCUUAACCAAUUGGUGUUUCUUUCUUGCAGCGAUAUGAUCCUGGCCAUGUUGUGGUGAUGGUAAACUUAGUGGUAAUUUUUUUUCCCCUGAUUGAAUUGUUUUCAUUUUAUUUUACUUUUUGUUUUUCUUUUUGUAAUUUUUUUUUGUCAUCAGUGCACCGAUACCAAUAGGCUUCCAAUUUCCUCUCUGUUGUAGCCUUCAUUCUGCUGCUUGUUUUAUCGAUAUCCAUCAUCUGUUAGUACAUUCUCCUCGUUUGUUUUCAGUUUUUUCUUGUUUAAACUACGCACCUCAUUUCAGUGCAUAUUUCUGUGUGAUUGUUCUUCUCAGCACUUUACACGGGUCACGGAAAUAAUAUUACCGUUUAUCGUUUCAAAAUAAUUGUCGGGGAAAAUAUGAAGUAUUUUCCUCCAAUUACAUUUUCAGUUUGUACUGAUAAAUUCUGCUACUUCUUUGGGCCUGUUUUCACGAUUCCUCCUGCCUGUAGCAGGGAAGGGGACACGAUCCCAGAGAGCGCCCCCUAUUGCUGGGUUUUCUGACCCUACAGCACUGCCUGUCUGCCAGAUGUUGUAACACACGGGAACAAAUAAAUACGAAGUCAUAUUUAGCUGCUCGAGGCAAACAAGGUUCAAAAGGGUCUGUCAGAAAUUUGGUAGAGUCCAGAAACACUGAGCCCCCCCCCCAGAACCAGUCAGACAUCCCUGCCUUUAAAUAUCACCUGUUACACUCCCGAGCCACCUGCCCCUCAGAUGUGUACUGAGAGAGAAGAGCAGGACACGUUUUCCCUAUCUGUCAACUUUUAACAACGUUUUAACAAGUAUUCACUGGGGUCCACAGGGGCGCAGUCUCUUCUGCGCCCCUGUGGACAUAUUUUGGCUUUCUUCGUGAAGAUAUCGCGCAUCUAAAUUUGAAUUACGUUAACCUGAAAUGACUGGGGUUACUGAAACGUGCCAUUUAGCGUGUUAUUUUCCACACAGUGUUUUACUCUGUUGCUGUGUUGCAGCUGGCUCGUGGGCAUUGCUGUCGGGGCAGGAGGUGAGGCCGGACGGACCCAGUGCCCAUCAUCCUCAAAUAUGACGUCAUGGGAAUGGGCCGCAUGGAGAUGGAGUUGGACUAUGCUGAAGACGCCACAGAGAAGAGGCGCGUGCUGGAGGUGGAGAAGGAGGAUACAGAGGAGCUGCGACAGAAAUACAAGGAUUUUGCCGAAAAGGAGAAGGCGAUCGCCGACGCUCUGCAGGAUCUGCGGGCGAACUUCUACUGCGAGCUAUGUGACAAACAGUACCAGAAGCACCAGGAGUUCGACAACCACAUCAACUCCUAUGACCACGCCCACAAGCAGAGGCUGAAGGAGCUCAAACAGCGGGAGUUUGCGCGGAACGUGUCGUCGCGCUCGCGCAGGGAUGAGAGGAAGCAGGAGAAGAUGUUACGGCGGCUGCACGAGCUGGCCGAACAGAGGAAGCAGCCCAGCCGAGCUCCAGGCAGUGGCCCAAUGUUUAAACCCACAACUGUGGCGGUUGACGGUGAGAACUCAGAGGAUGCUUUCGAUGCCCUGGAGGGCGUCCCCAUGGCGACGGACUGCGCUCCGGCGGAAGGGUCGUUCAGCGAGGAGAAGGCAGCGUCGCCCAAGCGGAUGCCCGCCAUCAGCUUCUCGCUGGGCAAGGCCUGCUCCUCCCCCGCCCCGACCACGGCCCUGGCGCCCAAGGUCAGCGUGUCCUUCUCCUUCGCUAAGAAGGCCCCCGUCAAGCUGGAGACCGCAGCCGCCGUCUUCGCUGACCAGGGUGAGGAGGCGCUGGGGGAGGACGAGGAGCAGGAGGAGGAUAAGCCCGGAGAGGAAGAGGUCACCACGGUAGCCCCCACCCCAGGGAGCCCCGCACAGGAGCAGGGCGACGAAGAGCAACAGCCUCCCCAGUCGGAUGACGGCGGUUCCUUGGCCUCCACCCUCUCCAAGUUGAAGAUGAUGAUGAAGAGAGAGGAAGGCGCCUCAGGGCAGGACCCCCAGUAUUACCACUACAUGCCACCGGCCCACUGCCGCGUCAAACCCCAUUUUCAGUUCCUGCUCUUCAUGAAGGCGUCCGACCAGAGUGCGGGGUCCGAGGACGAUGAGGCAGGCACUGCGCCGGCAGCCUCUGAAAACGGGCCAACUGCUGCAAAGGAGGUGGUGGUCACCGAAAAGGAGGUGGAGGCCCCAGAAAAGGGGGUGGCAGCUACCAAAAAGAGGGUGGCAGCCUCUGAAAAGGGGGGGGCAUCCUCUGAAAAGGGGCCGGCUGCCACAGAAAAGGGGGCGGCAGCCUCUGAAAAGGAGAUGGCGGUUCCUGAAAAGGGCGUGAUGGCCUCAAAAAAGGGGGCGGCGGCCUCUGAAAAGGGGACGGCGGCCUCUGAGAAGGGGACGGCGGCCUCUGAAAAGGGGACGGCGGCCUCUGAAAAGGGGACGGCAGCUGCUGAAAAGAGGACAACGACCAGCGCCAAAGAGAAGAAGCAGACCAAGGCCGACGGCGAGCCGGAGAAGAGGUCGGACAAGUCUCCCAAACCUCAGGCGGUAGAGCCUGACGCCGUAACCAGGGUGCCCACCAAGAAGGAGGAGGAUGGUGUCGAGGGUUCCCCGGACCCCGCUGCACCAGCGAACGUAAAGGCGGACUGCGGCCAGCAGAGGACGGUAGAGGCGACGGGCAGCCCCCACUCUGGCCCUCGGGUUCUGACCGGGCCCUUCUUUCCCGUCCUGAGCAAGGAUGAGAGCACCACCCUGCAGUGGCCCUCUGAGCUGCUGGAGUUCACCCAGGCCCAGCCCUCCCUGUCCUACAGCUGCAACCCGCUCUACUUCGACUUCAAGCGCUCCCGAAACAAGGCAUCUGGUGCCAGGAGGCCGGCCAAACUGGCUGGGGUGGAGGGCGCAGGGGAGCCCCCCGCCGCCAGCACCACCGGCGGGAAGACCCCAGGGCCCAAAGCGGGCGGGACGGACGACGUCGACGUGAAGGAAGAGGCUGGGGAGGGCGCGAAGGAUGAGCAGAAGCAGCAGAACAGCAAGAAGAAGAAAAAAAAGAAGAAGCACAAAAAGUCAGGGAAGAGCUCCAAGAAGGAGAAGAAGGGGGCGGAGGGCGGCGCGGUGGAGGGGGAAGUAGAAACCCUGGGAGAAAAAGCCAAGAAGAAGAAGAAACACAAACGUAAGAAAAACAAGAACAAAGCCUCAGGCGCCGGCGAGGAGGUAGGGGAGGAACAGAAGAAGAAGAAGAAAGAGCGAGAGAAGGAGGCAGCAGGGGCAGUGGAGGACCCGGAAAGCAGGAAGAGGAAGUGGUCCCUGAAGGAGCCGCCGGCGCAGUCGGGGGCCAAAGCGGGGACGGCUCAGGAGACCGAGACGGCCAACCCCUCCGAAGAGCACAACGGCACCAAGCGGCACAAGCCCAGCCCCAGCCCGGCCUCCGCCGCCACCACCGCCGUCGCCUCCUCUGUGCAGAAGAGCUCCAGCCGCGGUGGAGGGCGCCCCAGCAGUGGGAGCGAGGAAGAAGGGGCCUCACGCCGCCGCAGGUCCACCCCCCGCCAGCACGGGCGGCGGCGGCGGCGUAGCGAGGACUCUCCGCGCUCCCGCAGCGGCUCCUCGCGCCGGGGCGGGCGGGGCCGGGCCUCGCGCAGCCGCUCGUACUCCAGCAGCUCGGAGCGCUCCACGGCGGGCAGCAGCCGCUACAGCCGGCGCGGCCGCAGCUCCUCCGACAGCUACAGCGGCUCCAGCCGCCGGCGGUCCCGCCGCUCGUCCGACUCGGACUCGGAGUACGGCCGGCGGCGGCGGCGGCGGCGGCACGGCUCUUCCUCCCGCCGCCGCUACUCCUCCUCCUCGUCCUCCUCCUCGGGCCGCUCUCGGGGCCGGCGCGGCGGCCGCAGCUCCUCGCCCAGCUCCAGCAGCCGGAGCAGCAGCAGGGCGCGGUCCUGGCGCCGGGGCAGCUACAGCCGCAGCCGGAGCCCGGCCAGCCGCUCCUCCAGCUCCGCCAAGGGCUCCCCGGCCUCCCGCCGCCGCGACUUCAACCGCUCCCGCAUCUACCGCUCCCAGUCCCCGCGGUCCUCCUCGUCCCGCGCCCCGUCCUCCCGCAGGAACUCCUCCCGCAACGCCGGCUCAAACGCCCGCGGCGCCGCAAACCCCUCCUCGUCUUCCUCAGCGAAAGGCGGCAGGGCGGCCGGGUCGAAAGGCGCCGGCGGCGGCGGAGGAGGAGGAGGAGGGCCCGGUGAGCUGAGGAACUCGCUGACCGCGCGGCAGCUCCUGGAGAGGAUCCAGUCCCGCAAGAGCGGAGAGGAAGCCGGGGCGGCCGCCAAGGCGGGCGCGAAGCUCAAAGACCCUCCGCAGGGCUACUUCGGGCCCAAGUUGCCCCCUGCCCUGGGUAACAAAGCCAUGCUGCCCUUGUUCGGCAAACUUCCGGCAGGUAAGAAGCCCUCGCUGCUGACCUCCCUGCAGCGGCCCGACCCUGCGGAGAAGCCGGGCCCGGCCGAGAGCACGGACGCAGACGAGCUGGUGCUGGUAGAGCCCAUCCGGGAGUUCCCCCCGCCCCCUCCGCCCCGGCCGGUGGAGGUCAGCACACCGAGCCAGGUGGUGGGAGAGGCUGAAGAGGAGGAGGAGGAAGAGGAGGAGGCCCAGCAGGAGACCCCGCUGUUCGACCAGGAGGGCGCCGCGCUGGUCCCACCCUUCCAAGCCGACCCGGGACACGAGCGGCCUGCGCCCCUCCUGGAGCCCCUCAUGCAGGGCAUGCCCCCUCACCCCUAUCCCCGGUACCCCCCUCCCAUCCUGGAGGAAGAGGACAUGGGUCUGGAGGCGGAGAAGGAGGACGACCUGGCGCCGCUGGAGAGCCAGCCAAUCACCUUCACCCCUGAGGAGAUGGAGAAGUACAGCAAGCUGCAGCAGGCCGCCCAGCAGCACAUCCAACAGCAGCUGCUGGCCAAGCAGGUCAAGGCCUUCCCCUCCGCCGCCGCUGCUGCUGCUGCCGCUGCUGCUGCCGCUGCCGCCAACGCGGUCAGCCUGGCCCCGCCGCCUCCCACCCUGCAGCAAAUCCACAUCCAGCAGCCGGCGGUGUCUGCCGCCCCCACCACGCUGACCACCGUGCAGCACGCCCUCCUGCAGCACCACGCCGCCACGGCGGCGGCCGCCAUGGGCCUCCACCCGCACUCCCCCCACCAUCACGCCCACCCGCACCAGCUGGCCCAGGUGCACCACCUCCCCCAGCACCACCUCACCCCCAUCUCCCUUUCCCACUUGGGCCCGUCCCUGGGCCAUGCCGGGCUCAUCUCCGCCCACCCGACCGCCGCCUUCCUGUCGGGGCAGCCCAUCCACAUCAUCCCGGCCUCCGCCCUCCACCACGGCCCCCUGGCGCUGCACCACGUCCCCCACGGCGCGCUCUACCCCACCCUCUUCGCGCCCCGCCCCACCAGCGCUGCCGCCGCCGCCGCCGCCUUGCAGCUGCAUCCGCUCCUGCACCCCAUCUUCUCCGGGCAGGACCUCCAGCACCCCCCCAGCCACGGCUCCUGAGCCCGGCCCUGUGCCCCCCCACCCCACCCCCGCACCCCGCCCGACUGCGACAAAUCACGUCUUCAAGAGUCGCAUGGGGAAACCGGAGUCCUCGCAUCGUGUGAGGAAACUACCUCUGACCCGAGGUGUUGUCAU